AUGAGUCAUCUUCUGUGGAAAUUCUUCUGGGAAAAUGAUGUCGACAAGUUCCGUCGGCACCUGGCCGUCGCCGGCUCUUCCCAGAACUAUGGCUCCAAGACUCAGAUAUCCAUAGGCAGCCCUGGCGCAUCUGCCAACUCGCCACGCCCCAGCAACAAGACGCGCAAGGUGUCCGGACCCAAUGCCGUCUCCUCUCCCGCAGCAGCAGCAGCCAGCUCCAAGGCGGCUGGUCACCUGGGCAAGGCCGACAUUAACUGCCGCGACCAUGCCGGCCUGACCAUCCUGCAUCGAAUCGCCUCAUCGACGUCUCCCACCGCCAUCGAGUUCGCCGAGGCGCUUCUGAACCACACAGCUGUCGACAUUUAUGCCCAGGAUGCCGAGAAUGGCUGGAACGCCCUUCAUCGCGCACUUUAUGCAGGCAACAUUUCCAUCGCGCGGCUGCUGCUGGACAAGGAACGCAGGGAUUUGGUUGAUUCGCUGGGUGCCACCACUACAAAGAUUGGUCAACUGAUCAAGACCAAGGACAUGGAGGGCAAUAGUCCUUUUGACGUGUACAAUGCCAGCAUUGCGCUGCGUACACUUAAGGUGUCGGAGGAGAAUAACCAUCAGGACUCAGAUUCAGAUGCCGAGAUUACCACUGCGGAAGAUUCUCGUCACCACUCUUACUCGAGACCGGCCGGACUGGGAGAGGAAGUGUUCACAUUUGGCACAAACCACAACCUGACACUCGGCCUUGGUGAUGAAGACGACCGCCAGUUCCCCGAACGCAUCCUUCUGAACCGCCCAGAACACCUGAUCCGUCACUUCUACGAUGUGUAUUUGCAGCAGCGCAAGCCUUUCGCUGGUGCGGAUGAGAGCUCGUCAGGACCCGACUCCGAAGUGCCCGCACUCAUCGCAAACCGCCCACUUGUGAUCCAGGAUGUCAUCAUGUCGAAACUUCACACUGCAGUACUCACGAGCGAUCCGAUCUCUAAUCUCUAUAUCUGCGGCGUAGGUCGUGGUGGUCGACUCGGCUUGGGCGACGAGAAUACCCAGUUCUCCUUCAAACCCGUUCAGGGAGGUCUUGCUGACCGGAAGGUUGCUCAAGUCGCACUAGGCCAGAAUCACAGCCUGGCAGUUACGACCACAGGCGAACUUUGGGCAUGGGGCUCCAACACCCAUUCCCAGCUCGGCUAUGUUGUCCCAACGCCCGCGAAGCCUGACGAAGAACCUUGCAGUCUUGUCCCCAGACAAGUCUUUGGAUCAAUGAAGAAGGAGACUGUCCUCGGGGUCGCGGCAUCCUCUAUCCACUCUGUCGCUCACACCGGGACCUCGCUUUUCUGCUGGGGCAAAAACAUAGGUCAACUGGCUUUGAUGGAUGCCGACUCUAGGUCUCUCGACGUGCAGGCUGCCCCCCGAAAAGUAGCUGCUACUCUUCUGGCCAACCACUCGUCUAUUCUCAUGGUAUCAGCAAUCGACAGAGCUACCACCUGCUUGUUCGAAGACUACACCGUGUGUGUCUUCACGAGCUAUGGUUACAACAUGAUUCGGUUUUCAUUCCAGGACGCCUUCGCCAACUCGCCGCUUCAACGCUCAUACGGGGUGUCCAGACCGGAUCCUGGCGCGCGUGAGAUCCAUUAUAUCACUUCUGGUGGUGACACCAUCGCUGCGCUGACUGGCUCUGGCGACCUAUACACAAGCACGGUGAAGAAUACGACCGAGGGAGGAUCUGCAACUUCGACCACGAACCCGUCCAAGAUCAAGGACGCGAUCACUAAUCCCCAAUGCGUGUGGAACUCGCGCAAGGACGAGGCAAAGUCUGUGACUGUGGGCGAAGAUGGCGCCGUCAUGAUCUCCACCCAGUCUGGUGCCGUCUGGCGACGAGUCAAGCGAACGAAGGCGAAAGAUACCAGACUCGCAAAGGGAAUCGAUGGCAAGCGACGAGAUAUCAAGUGGCAGCGUGUGCCUUAUAUCACCGAUAUUGUUGCGGUGCGAAGCUCUACCCACGGCGCCUACGCUGCGAUUCGGAAAGACUGCGAUGUCACCCGAGAUCAGAUCGAGGUUGAUGAGCAGAACUUGUGGGACGAUAUUGAGCCUAUGCUGCCAUUGCGUGGGUUCAAGGCUCAAAACUCGAGGCAUCGGGAAAACAAAGACACUUGGCGCUUUCAGGAUCCAGAAGUGCUGCAAGGCCGAGUCGAUUCGCUGGGCUACGAAGUGCUGACCUCGACUGAUCUCGAGGAGGAUCUCGUAUCCCAUUUCCAGACCUGGGCGUACAAAAACGAACCAUAUGGAGCUGUUCUGCGGAGCUCGGCACAUCCUGGUGUGCAGAUUCCGGUACAUCCAUGGAUACUCACUGCCCGGAGUAGCAUCCUUCGUACAGCACUUCAGCGUUGUCGUGAGAUUGGGUUCUACGAAAUCCCCGACCUUCUCUCUAUCAGCCAUGCCGAUGGGCAAAUCGUCAUCGAGUUUUCCAACGGUAUCGACUUGAUCACUCUUAUCAAUCUCGUGGUUUACCUAUAUCGUGACCGCGUGGUCCCGGCAUGGAACUUCACACGGCAGUCGCCGCCUUUGGCAUAUCGGUAUCGACAAAUCCGGAACGAGCUCAUGAAGGUGGCCAAGGAACUCAACAUCAUGAAGCUGGAGGCGGCUGUACGGAUCCAGAGCUCGCCACCUCGAUCUAUGGCCAGCGACUUCCAGACGGCGAUCGAGGAUCCAACCUUUUUCGAGGAUGGAGACGCGAUUCUGGAACUGGAUGGUGACGAAAUUCCCGUGCACAGCGCUUUCUUGUGCCAACGAUGUCCCUGGUUCCAGGGAUUGUUCAAUGGCCGUUCCCGAGGCAUGUGGCUCGACGGCCGACGUGCCGAAUCCGAGCAGGUACGAAUUGAUCUGACGCAUAUGGACCCAGAGUCGUUCCACUAUGUGCUCCAGUAUCUCUACAGCGACGCGGGCGAUAGCCUGUUUGAUGAGGUUAUUGCCGAGAGCAUUGACGACUUCUCUGAGCUUGUCAUGGAUGUCAUGAGUAUUGCCAAUGAACUGAUGCUUGAUCGCUUGUCACAAAUAUGCCAGAAGAUCCUGGGUCGCUUUGUAACGACGCGCAACAUUUCCAUCCUGCUGAACCUGAUCAGCCCUUGCACAGUUACAGAGUUCAAAGACAAGGGUCUCGAAUACAUCUGCCUGCAGAUGGAAUCUAUGCUCGAGAAUCAUCUCCUCGACGAGCUUGAUCCAGACCUGCUGCGAGAGCUCGACGAUGUCGUUCGCGACAAUCAGCUGUCAAGAUGCCCCUUUGUGCGAAGUGGACGGACUGAGAUCCUCCUGCAUGACAGAUACCCGGACCUGGCUCAGGACAUUGAAGAAGAAAGACAGAUCAGGGUCAAGGAACUUGCCUAUAAGUCUGUGCACAAAGAGGAAGAGAAGAAGCUGUCAUCUUCUUUCAGGACCAGAUUCGGGAGCCUCGACGACUUGAGCGGCAUCUCGCCGACGCCCGAUCGGCGGCAAAGAGCGUCACGAACACCCCGCAAUGAGCCGUUCAGUCCGAGUCUACGCCCGAAGGAUUCCCAUGCAGAUCUGAUCUUCGACAUGGAAGACGAGGAAUCUCUCACGGUCACCAGCCCGCAAUCCCCUGGUGGCCGUGCUUCGUCAAACAGGAAUGUGCCUAGAGACGGGGCAUUAUUUUCCACUAUCAUAGCAAAUAAUAGUUUGCAACGCACUGGCGAUGCUGGCCGAAACAUGGCAAUGAGCCCGGAGCAGAACGUCAGCAAUCAAGACGGCAAUCUGGAUCCUCGGACGCCGCCCACCACCGUCGACAGGAGGUCAUCAUCCACGGGCAGCCCGUGGGCCUCGUCGACAAUGCCUACUGCGCGACUCGAUCUUCGCCAGGUACUAGCAGAGCCAAAGGCGCCCCAAUCUGCUCUAUCUGCCGGCCUGGCUGCGCAGCAGGCCGAGACCUCUGCCAAAGGUCCGCUCCCACAGAAGAUCUCCCAGAAAGAGCGGAAGCGCCGACAACAGCAGCAGGCAGAGGAACUAGCUCGUCAGGAGGAGUCGGCCAAGGCUCAGCCUCACACGCCUUGGACGACUGUUGGAGACAAGAAAGACGCUCCUUGGAAAAAGGCCGCCCCAGCACCGCCAAUUACAUCAUUGAAGAGCAUGCUCGAAUCUGACUUGGCACCUUCGGCUUCGGCACUGGUGAAGCCUCUCGUAGCCGCCGAGGCAUCCUCGAGCUCGAGCACCCCACGCCGCACUGCUUCGCCAGAUACACGCUUUCCUGGCCAGAAAACCAACAGCAGCAGCAAUACCCCUCAACAGUCAUCGUCUCAGCUGGCCAGGGCAGAGGCACCGCCUCUCGUGCCGCACUCAAAGUCUUAUAUCAAGAAGGCACCUAAGCCUGAUCAGGAGCUCGGCCUGGGGCUGGCAGAGAUCAUUGGACAGCAGCAGCGGGAGCAGCAAAGUGUGCGUGAGGCUGUUGCCAAACGCAGCUUGCAGGAGAUCCAACAGGAGCAGGAGUUUCAAGAGUGGUGGGAUCAGGAAAGUCGGCGCAUGCAGGAAGAAGAGCAGGCUCGUUUCGCAGCGGCCAAGAAGGCGAGCGAGGGCGGAGGCGGUGCACGGCGCGGGCGUGGAGGCAAGUCCAGAGGCGGCGGCCGACGCGGAGGUGCCGGCGAGUCCGUACAGACCACGGAAAGCAGCUCGGCACCCGCCAACACGAGGCCCGAGGGCGGCAACGACGAGAAAGCUGCCAAGAAGAACAGCGACGGCAAACCCAGCCGUGGCAGGGGUCGCGGUGGCAGAGGCAGAGGUGACAGUGGGGGCGGCAGCAAGUCGAUGCCGAUACGGCAGACUUCAAAGGUGUAG